CGCCUCCCAUCUGCGGCGCGCUCCUGACUGGUUUUUACAGAAUGGAGCUGGGAGGAAUCAGUGUCAGAGUUGUUACGAAGCUAAGAAGUCGGCAUCGCCGGUGAAAACCGUUCAAUUCUGAAAACCGAUCAAUUGAAAUCACAAUAUUGCAUGUGCGGAUCAAUUGUAGCAGUUUUCCCGUUGGAUACAGAGGAAAACAUUCUGGAUUUGUGAUAGUGAUUUUAACCAUCAGGGUUUUCCUGACAGACUGAGGGCAGUGAGCUUGGCUGCCCAGCUAAACUACACCAAAGAUGGAGCAGCUGUCAGAUGAAGACCUGGACCACACAGAUGGAGGAGAGGAGGACAGUGAUAAAGAAGAUCAGGAUCUAGACAAGAUGUUUGGAGCCUGGCUGGGAGAGCUGGAUAAACUCACACAGAGUCUGGAUGAUGGGAGACCAGAGACAGUCCAGAAGGCCCCUCAGAAAGCCCCUCUCAGACAGGAGACCAACAUGGCUAACUUCUGCAACCGCUUCUCCAUGUACAACAUCAACGAGGCUUUGAACAAGGGUGGAGAAGGUGUAGACCUGGAUUCCCUGAUGGCAGACCUGUGUUCCAUAGAGCAGGAGCUGAGCACCAUCGGCAAGCCCAAUAGUGGCAAGAACAGGCUGGGUGUGCCAGGUGAUGCCAAGCUGCGCCAGAAACCCCCCGCCGGCCGUGGCACCAAGGGGCAUGGUGGAGGAGGCACCUCCAGCAGUGGGGGCAGUGCCUCUAGUAGUACCCGGGCCUCGCCAGCCUCCACGGUGGCAGCUCGCCGUCCCUUGGCCUCUAACCUGGAUGACAUCACGGCCCAGCUGGAGCAGGCGUCUCUCAGUAUGGACGAGGCUGGCAGACAGAGCUCCCACUCCCUGGCUAGUGGCUCCACCUCCUCCUCCUCCACCAUGCGGAGGCCCGCCUCCCAUCAGCACUCCCACCGCAGGACAGGCUCCGUGGGGACGGUCAGCGAACACGCGGUCCGCUCCAUCUCCCAGUCCUCCUGGUCGUCGGUAAACUCUGCGUCGGCCAGCAGCAUGGAUUCCCUGGAUAGUUAUCUCCGGCCCUCGGAGCAGGACGGGGCAACACCCACACCACAGGGGUCCAAUCAGGGCCCCCCGGGCAGUACAGAGCACUCCUAUCUGGACUGGGAAACCUCUCUGAUUCUGCAAAAUAUAGCAGGGAAGCCCUCUCACUUGCUGACCAAGGAGGAGCAGGUUGCCAAGAAGAAGGCAGAGAAGAUCCGUGUGGCUUUGGAGAAGAUCAAGGAGGCCCAGGUUAAAAAGCUGGUGAUCAGAGUGCACCUGUCAGAUGAGAGCUCUAAAACCAUGAUGGUGGACGAGAGACAGACGGUCAGACAGGUUCUGGACAGCUUGUUGGACAAGUCCCACUGUGGCUACAGUCCUGACUGGUCCCUGGUCGAGACCAUCAACGAACUACAGAUGGAACGUAUCUUUGAGGACCAUGAGAACCUGGUGGACAGCCUUCUGAACUGGACCAGAGACAGCCAGAACAGACUGAUGUUCAUAGAACGCAUCGAGAAGUACGCCCUCUUCAAGAACCCACAGAACUAUUUGUUGGGGCGGAAGGAGACGUGUGAGAUGGCAGACCGGAACAAGGAGGCUCUACUGGAGGAGUGUUUUUGUGGCAGCUCCGUCUCUGUACCUGAGAUGGAGGGAGUACUCUGGCUGAAGGAGGAUGGGAAGAAGAGCUGGAAGAAGAGAUACUUCCUGCUCAGAGCCUCUGGGAUCUACUAUGUACCUAAAGGAAAAGCCAAGGCUUCCAGAGAUCUGGUGUGUUUCCUGCAGCUGGAUCAUGUUAAUGUGUACUACGGACAGGACUACCGCAGCAAGUACAAGGCCCCCACAGACUACUGCCUGGCCCUCAAGCAUCCUCAGAUCCAGAAGAAAUCCCAGUACAUCAAGUACCUGUGUUGUGAUGACGUCAGAACCCUACACCAGUGGAUCAAUGGGAUACGCAUCGCCAAGUAUGGGAAGACCCUGUAUGUGAACUACCAGGAGGCUAUGAAGAGGACUGAGGCAGCCUACGACUGGUCUUCUCUCUCUAGCUCCUCUAUCAAGUCUGGAUCCAGCUCCUCCAGCCUGCCUGACUCCCAGUCGACCCACUGCAGUAGUGAUAGUGGUGUUGCUGUGUCAGAGAACAACCUGUCAGGCCACAGCCGCUCUCAGAGCCAGGUCAGCUCCAUCUUCUCCGAGGCCUGGAAGAGAGGCACCCAGGAUGAGUUGAGGAUGGAGUCAGUGAGCAGACCCUACCCUCUGACGCUGCCCCCCAUGCACCAGUCAGCCCCCCCAUCCCGAACUAGCUACACCAGUGUCUCCCCUGAAUCCUCGCCCUCUCCCCCCGACCCUCCCCCUCCUCCUCCUCCACCUCCCCCUCUCCCCAACCCCCCUCACCAGGCUGCCCCCACCCUGUUCGUUAAGUACAGCACCAUUGCCCGCCUGCAGGGUGGCUCCAACCAGACUGCCAAUCAUUACAAUGUCCAGCCAAUGGGGCAGCAGCAAGGCCCUCCAGCCCCUCCCCUCCAGUCUGUCAAACCCAACUACAACACCAUGCCAUUGGCUUCCACUCUCCACAACCCUCCCCCUCCUCCUCCCCCCUGCUCCAUGCCUUCUCCAGGCUCUGCCAUGGCCUCUCUGAGGCUUGGCCCCCCCAGCCCUGUUCCUCAGUUCAUCCCCCCUCCUCCCCCCCAGGCCCAAACCCUGCCCCCCCCUCCUCCCCCAGAAGAGGACCACCAGUGCCCCCCUCUCAGUAACACCGGGCUGCAGCAGUUCCUGGCCCAAAAGUUCCCCAAUAUGAACUACGACUUCUCCGACCUGGAUGGCCAACCUGUGUCCCCUCCUCCUCCUGCCCUCUCCCCCCCCAUGUCACCCCCUGCACCUCCCAGAACCUUCUCUGGUGUUUUCCCACCCCAGACUGCUCCUAAGACCUUUGGUCCAGGGAUCCCCUUGUCCCCAGUCUCACCAUCCCCUCCUUCUGGUCCAAUGAAAAAGCAGCAGAGCUUCUCGACAGGCCAUUCACCCAAUCAGCCGCCUCCCACCAUGCCCAAACAGCACAGCUUCUCCUCUAAGACCCUCCCCCUGUCCGCCCCAAUCUCCCCGACCCCCUCCCUGGUCAAACAGAUAGUCAACCAGUUCCCCGGAGCCCCCCUGCCACCCCAGUCCCCCCCGGCCGUCAAGACCAAACCAAGAUGGCAGCCAGGGGGUCAGAUCCCCCCCCAGUCCCCAGAGUUCCCCCCUCCUCCCCCUGAGGACAGCCUGGACUUCCCCCCUCCUCCCCACUCUGUCCCCACCCCCGCUCCUCCCCCUCUCUCCCCUGCCAAGAUGGGCUCUCCUAUUAAGAAGUCUCCCUCCUCCACCUCAACCGGCUCCUUCGGGAAGAGGGGGCCUCCUCCCACCCCCCAGCGCGCCUCCUCCAUCAAGUCUAACUCCUCAGGGGAGUACCAGGAAGAGGCCCAGGUCCAGAGGCAGCCUAAGAAGGUGGAGUCUCUGGUCAGUAAGUUCGCCCAGCCUGCCCUCUGCUCCUGCAACUCUUCUGCUGCCUCCUCUUCUGGAUCUCCUGCUAAGGACUUGGGGCCUCCUGCUCCUCCUAAACCAGGCAAGCUGAACCUGUCAGCUCUCCCUCUAGCCCUCCAGGGUCUACAGACAGGGCAGCACUGCCAGCCCAGUGGAGACUUCCCCUCUCCUCCUUCAGAGCUCGAUUACUUCCCCCCACCUCCUCCCGACUCUGAGCUGCUCCCACCGCCCCCCCUCCUCUCUGAGCUCCACCCGGGAGCCCCCAGGGUCGCAGUCGUCAACCCCCAACCGCAGGCCACGCCCAUCUCCCACCCCGUCAGCCAAUCAUCAUGGAAGACCCAGUCUCUGAAGAAGACUCCGCCUCCGACACUGCACAGGCUGUCCCGGAGCAACACGGUCCAAGACCCCUUACCCCUGUCCCCCCCGCCCUUUGCCUGUCCCCUGCCCCCCACCUCCCCCGGGGUACCUAAGGGGGGCGGUACCCUCUCCUCGGUCCAACCCAACUUCCUGGAGGACCUGAACCGGACCUUGAAGAGGAAGUCCAUCACGCGGCACGGCUCCCUCACGCGGCACGGCUCCUCCCGGCUGGAGCCCGUCUCCAUGGACGACAUGGCCCUCCCCCCUCCUCCCCCAGAGCUGCUGCUGGACCAGCAGAGGGGUGGACAGGUCGGGGGCCACGGGUACAUGUCCUCAGGCUAUGCAACGUUACGGCGGGGGCCGCGCCCUGCCCCGCCCAAACGGGACCAAAGCACCAAACUGACGGGAGAGUGGUAGCUAGGAGGUAGCAGGGGAAAGAUGAGGACUAGGGCUUAGCUACCCAGGCUAUAGACCCAUCAAGGCUACAGACUGACUACAGGCUAUAGACCCAUCAAGACUACAGACUGACUACAGGCUAUAGACCCAAUCAGACUACAGACUGACUACAGGCUAUAGACCCAAUCAGGCUACAGACUGACUACAGGCUAUAGACCCAUCAAGGCUACAGACUACAGACUGACUACAGGCUAUAGACCCUAUCAGGCUACAGGCUACAGGCUGACUACAGCCUAUAGACCCAAACAGGCUACAGGCUGACUACAGACUAUAGACCCAAUCAGGCUACAGAUUGACUACAGCCUAUAGACCCAAUCAGGCUACAGACUACAGUCUGACUACAGACUAUAGACCCAAUCAGACUACAGACUGACUACAGGCUAUAGACCCAAUCAGACUACAGACUGACUACAGCCUAUAAACCCAAUCAGACUACAGACUGAAUACAGCUUAUAGACCCAAUCAGGCUACAGACUGACCUGAGCUUAUAGACCCAAUCAGGCUACAGACUGACUACAGCCUAUAGGCCCAAUCAGGCUACAGACUGACUACAGCCUAUAGGCCCAAUCAGACUAUAGACUGACUACAGCCUAAAGACCCAUCAAGGCUACAGGCUACAGACUGAAUACAGCCUAAAGACCCAAUCAGGCUACAGGCUAUAUGGAGCCCACAGGCCGCUCUCCCCCAGGCCACGGUCGUAUUCACUAGACACCAAACGGAAGAAAAAGGACUGAAACUGGGACUGAGGGACUGACCUGAACUUGUCCAAUAAGAAACUAUUUUUUGUUGCAAAACCGUUUCAUUACGGUGAACACUAAUGAAUACGACCCUGAACUCAGCCCGUCUCCUCUUCACUCCUCUCCUCUCAUGCCACACAGACCGGACUGAGCUAGAAGAAGAAUCUUGUUCCUUGUAAUCCCAGAUUGUUAUUCCUUUACUCUGUCUACGUUAUAAUAACUCUAUGAAAAGAGAGCGAGCCAAACCACCUAUCAAGCUUUUCCACGUGUUUGUGCCGCUUUGCAUUGAAUUAUAACACAAUAUAAACAGGUACCGUUUGGGGUUUGGGAGGGAUGUCAUGUGGGGCGGGGGGGAGGAGGAGGGGGGUAAAUUGUGUUUUUAUAUCAGAUUAUUUAAUACCUGAAAGAUAUUAUUAUUUUAAAGUUACGUUUUUAAAGCGUAGUGAGUGAAUAUGAACUGGGAGUAGUAGAGACCAGGGUUGAUGUGGAGAUGGCUCUGGUCCAGGGUGUUACGUGUGGCAGGUUCAGCUUCAGCAAGCCACACGUAACACCCUGGACCAGAGCUAGUGUAGAGACAGACGUGUGUGUGUAUAUAGGAGCAGUAUACAGGGAGGAUCCCUGGUGUAGUUGGAUAUGGGACAGACAGACAGACACUACUGUAGUUGGAUAUGGGACAGACAGACACUAGUGUAGUUGGAUUUGGGACAGACAGACACUAGUGUAGUUGGAUUGGGGACAGACAGACAGACCCUACUGUAGUUGGAUAUGGGACAUACAGACACUAGUGUAGUUGGAUUGGGGACAUACAGACACUAGUGUAGUUGGAUUUGGGACAGACAGACAUACACUGGUGUAGUUGGAUAUGGGACAGACAGACACUGGUGUAGUUGGAUAUGGGAAAGACAGACAGACAGACAGACACUGGUGUAGUUGGAUGUGGGACAGACAGACCAGGCUAACACCCCCCAUUUGGUUGUGUUUGAAAUGGCCGCCUAUUCCCUACGUAGUGCAGAGGGCCCAUAGGGCUCUGGUCUAUAGUAGUGCACUAUAUAGGGAAUAGGGCUCUGGUCUAAAGUAGUGCACUAUAUAGGGAAUAGGGCUCUGGUCUAUAGUAGUGCACUAUAUAGGGAAUAGCUUGCUGUUUCAGACACAGCCUGUUUCUGUCCAUCCAUCUGUCUGUAGAGUUCACAGAUACAUUGUGUUAAUUCUAUUCAAGAUGUUUUGCAAAAUGGUUAAAAGGCAGAUGAUUGGCUUAUGUUUUAAUGAUCCUCUCAGAUGGUCAUGGCUUUGAUUGGACAAAACGGUGCACAAUGAAGGUCAAGCUGUACGAUUGUCUGUUAUGUUGAUGGUGACGGGUCUAACCUGUUCUGUCUCUUUAGGUCACAUUAGCUGUCCGUCUGUCUGCGUAUACAGCUGCAGCUCCUGUCUCCAAGGGCCUCCUUUGGCCCUGCAGACAGACAG